AUGUCCGGAAACAACAAGACUGUCAUCUCUCAUUUCGUCCUCCUGGGCCUGCCCAUCACCCCUGAGCACCAUCACUUGUUCUAUUCUGUGUUCCUGGCCAUGUACCUCACAACCAUCCUGGGGAACCUCAUCAUCAUCAUCCUCAUUUGUCUGGACACCAAUCUCCACACACCCAUGUACUUGUUUCUAGGCAACUUGUCCUUCACUGACCUCUGCUUUUCCUCUGUCACAAUGCCCAAAUUGCUGCAGAACAUGAAGAGCCAAGUUCCAUCCAUCCCCUAUGCAGGCUGCCUGACACAAAUGUACUUUUUUUUGUUUUUUGGAGAUCUUGAGAGCUUCCUUCUUGUGGCCAUGGCCUAUGACCGCUAUGUGGCCAUCUGUUUCCCCCUUCAUUAUACCAGCAUCAUGAGCCCCAAGCUCUGUGUGAGUCUGGUGCUGCUAUCCUGGGUUAUCACCACAUCCCAUGCCAUGUUGCACACUCUGCUUUUAACUAGGUUGUCUUUCUGUGAAAACAAUGUGAUCCCCCAUUUUUUCUGUGAUCUGUCUGCUCUCCUGAAGCUGGCGUGCUCUGAUAUUCACAUUAAUGAGUUGGUAGUAUUAAUCAUAGGAGGGCUUGUUGUUAUACUUCCAUUUCUACUAAUUAUAGUGUCUUAUACACUCAUUGUCUCCUCCAUCCUUAAGGUUCCUUCAACUCGAGGCAUCCACAAGGUCUUCUCCACUUGUGGUUCUCACUUGUCUGUGGUGUCACUCUUCUAUGGGACAAUUAUUGGCCUCUACUUAUGUCCAUCUGCUAAUAACUCUACUCUGAAGGACACUGUCAUGUCUAUGAUGUACACAGUGGUGACACCCAUGUUGAAUCCUUUCAUCUACAGCCUGAGGAACAGAGACAUGAAGGCAGCCCUAAAAAGAGUGCUUCAAAAGAAAACUGUCUUCUGA